AUGACGUCCAUCACUGAUAAGAACAUCAUUGAUGGCUUUGCCAAUGAAAUGAAUGAGAUGCACAACAAACAACAGAAAGCAUACGCAGAUAUCAUUGAAGCCAGCGCGGAGUUGAGCCAGUCCCACAGGUACUUUGUCACAUCUGCACUUGAUGCAGGUUUAAAGAAACGUGAUAAUGACGAGAUGCUGCUUGACAUCUUAGAAGCAUUUAAAAAAGAUUUGCCACAUAAAAAUGCAUUAUUGAAGGAAAAACAGCACGCUAUUGCAGAAAUGGCAUCUGAUAUCGAUCAGAAGGAAAUACAGAAACUCGCCAUCAUUCAGAAGAUUGAGAAGCUUAAAGAAGAUCAAACAAGGAGAAAAGAGUUAAUCGAGUCUCAGUGUAAAGUAAACAAGGACCGACUGAAGAACCUGCAAAAAGCCAGAAUUGUCUUUCAGGAGAAUUUAGGAAUGGAUAUACUAACGAUCCGCUGCAUAGCACAGGAUGUCAACGGUGAACAGUUGCAGUUUGUGUUCCGGAAUAUCAACCCCACUGAUAUGAACAGUACCUAUGUUAUCACAAUGGGAAUCAAGGAAGACAGAGUAUAUCAGAUUGUGUCGAGCGACCCUGCGCUUGAGUGUCUGCCAGAUUUGGAAAGACGCCUUCCGGAGACUAACAACUUAUCAGCUUUCCUGGCCAAUGUAAGGAAGCAGUUUAUCUCCUGA